GCUUCCUGAUAUAUUCGCCUUUUACAACAAACUGAACAACCUUGUGAUUGUUUCAAUGAAAGCAUUGGCAGUAUGCCAACUGUCGUAAUUCGUGGCUCGUGCAACUAAACAAGAUCAUGCCCACUGUCCUACUGUACCUACACUACAUAAAGCGCCCGUGCCUGGCCCCGUCGGUGACCGAUGUGGUCAUCGUCAGCGGCUCUGCGGCUCCCCUCCGUCAAUUGGCUAACAGGGUGCGAAGGUCGACGGCCGCUGCGCCGCCGCAGUUUUACCGCGUGGCUCCGCUGAGCACCACCAUGGUCGGGCCGCGCUGUCUGCCGCUGUCCGCACCGCUUCUGCCACUGCUGCUGUCACUGCUGCUGCUGGCACCAUGCGCCGCCGAUUCUGAGCACCAGUCCUGCGAGCAGAAGUACUUCUCCGGCGGCCGGCAGCCGCGCGGCGCCCCGUUCGUGGCCGAUGGCCGCCGGGUGGGCAUCUGCCAGCGGUACCGGGGAGUCGACUACUACUACACCCUGUUCGAUACGCGCUACCGCAUCCCCGUGUACUCGGCGUACAUCCCAGCGCCGGUACCGGCCGACGGCGCGCGCUCGGGCCGCCGCCGCACCGGCCGCUGGUACGUCGAACACUCGCUGGCCCCCUCAGGAAAUGGCACCCAGGGCAUGGACCAGUGGCCGGGCUCGCGGGGAAGGGUGCCGCCGUCUCUACGCGACCAGCUGCCGCUGCUGCAGGCUGUCGAUGACGACUACGCCGAGUCGGGCUUCAACCGCGGCCACCUGAACCCCAACUUCCUGCAGGACGGCCAGGAGGCGCGGCUGGCCACCUUCACGCUGACCAACGCCGUGCCGCAGGAGCCCUGCUUCAACCAGGGCGCCUGGAAGCGCGCCGAGCAGCUGUUCGACGAGGUCUUUGUCUCGUUCUGCUACGCUCGCGGAGGACAGCUGCACGCGCUCACCGGGGCCGUGCCCAACUACCCCGCCCAGGCAGGUGACAUGCGCACCACCAGGACCAUCUCCUGCGGAGACAACGACGGCGGCUGCAGCGUCUGGCGCCCGGAGGACCCGCACAGUAAAUAUCACAGGGUGAACAUCCCGUCUCGGAUGUGGAGCGCCGCCUGCUGCCGGUACGGCCCGGCUAACCGUCCUCUGGCGCUGCCCUACAUGCACUGGGGCCUGAACGCCGGCGACGGCCGGGUGCGCGUCAGUGUGGGCGGCCACGAGCUGCGCCACAUGGAGCUCGAACUGCGCCGCUGGUACUACUCCGAGCGCGGCGGGCCCGUGGAGCUGUUUGAGGACGGGUGCUGGACGCCGGCCUCCGCGGCAGACCCGGCUGACGAGACACUGAUCAGAGAGCGACUGACCGAGGAGGCCGGUGACGACCCGGCCGUGCUGGUGGACGGUGACCUCACCGAGGCCCCUGACUCCCGGCCCGGCACACUGCUCACCAUCCAGCUGCGGCAGGAACUCGACCCGAUGCUGCUGCACGCCAGAGAUCGCGAUGAACACAUCGACCGACUCACCAGCCGCAUCUACGGCCUGCUCGCCACCGGCAGGUACUUCGUCCAGUGCGUUGAUCCUCUCGAUAAAUAUGUACACAGCCACGAACAGGGCGCCCGUCACGCCCGUCGCGCUCUGGCGACUCCGUACUGCAUGCUCUCUAUGAGUUACGAGGCCGACGACCCGAUCCCGGAUCUGAGCACGCUGCGCCCGCCGUUCCCGGUUCCCAGUUCUGCAGCUGGCCGGGCCGCGGUCUCGUGCGGCCCGCCGCGCCAGCUGGGCGCCAACGGCAUGGUCACGGCCGCAGACGUGGUCACGGGCUCGGCGGCUGCCAACCAGCCGUGCGAGAUGCGCCUGUCGGCCGCACAGCUCACCUUCGUCGACGGCGUGCUGCACGUGCCGCGGCUGUCCGCAGGACAGUACGUGGACGUGUAUGACGGCCUGCGCUGGCUGCUGCGCCUCAACGACACCCAGCCGCGCCGCUUCCUCAGCUCGCAGCACGAGCUGGUGCUGCGUGUGCCGUCACCGAGGGUGGCCUGGCAGCUGCGCUAUGCGGCGCACUCGACCGAGCUAUCCAGCGGCGACACCGUGCUGCUCAUCGACCAGGAGACGUGUGCGGCGCUCUCGUACCCGCACCGGCGCCGCGGCUGGCCGCACGUGCGCUUCAUGGAGAGUCCCGGCGGCGCCGGCCGUCAUCAGGUGCUGCUGGAUGGAGCUGCCGCCGGCGGCACCGUGGGCGUCGGCGCGCGCGUGCGGCUCCGCACCGCGCACACCACUGACCCCGGCUACGAGAUGCUCUACAGCUCGUACACAUCCAACAUUUACUAUGACCGGCGCGACGACAGCAGCAAGCAGCUGUGGCGAGUGGGCGGCCUGCCGCGCCACGGCGGCCACCUCACGCUGGAGAACGUCCGCUAUGGCGACUGGUUCCUGGGUAUGAAGGACCGAGACAUGGAGGACGGCGGCGUCUUCAAGGGCAAGCUGUGCCGCAACCCCAACAGGUGGCUGGUCUACAAGCUGCCGGAGCGGCCGGACGCAACGCCCGUGCAGACAGGAGAUCAGAUCGCCGGCUUUGAGGUCAUGGUUCGCGAUGCCUGUACACCUGGAGAGAACAAGCCCUUCUGUAUCCAAACGUAGGAGAUAAUGCGUGAAUAUAACUCGGCGUGACCCGGAUGCUGCUAAUGAAACGCAUUUAUAUCGUUAUUGAUAAGCAUUACCUUUACUGGCUUACCCUCAAUCUGACUAUUAUGAUGUCGGAUAAGAGCUUACCUGGCGUAGACACCACUUUUACGAACUUUGUCGCCUGGAAUGUGCCUGUAGAUUGGCGCGAAGAAUGCUUGUUGCGCAUUAUGUUUGCUUGUAUAUGUUCUGAAAAAUGUCAAUAUUUGACAUCUAUUUUUCGAGUCAAGCAUAGCCUCACCAAAAUGGCUUUGUUCUAUGUGUGUGCCCUUUUUUAAGCACAAUACAACAGCACCCACAACAAA